UCAUAACACCUAUAAAACCUAGCGGUAAAACAUAGAAAUAAUUCCAUACAUUUUUCACGUUGGGAAUUUUACAAACACUUUAAAUUAAGUGUGUGUUUGGUGUAGGCUUGCCUUGCUGUGACGGUUUUGACAAACGUUUAAUUCUCUCUCAGACAAGAACAACUUUCCGGCAUCACGUUUUACCUCCCCUCUCAAGAUGACGACUCCUCAGUAUGACCUGUCAAACACGCUCCCUCCCCACACACUGACCCAGCUGGCACGGGAGUGGCUGGCAGAGGACACACCAAACUUUGACCCUGCAGGGCUGUGUGUGGGAUCACAUGAGGUCGAGGCCAGGUUGUUGUGUAAAACGCCGUGCAGCAUGCUGGCAGGCAGGCCUUUCUUCACUGCUGUCUUCACUGAGCUCAGCUGCACUGUGGAAUGGGCACACAAAGAGGGAGCACAGCUCGGUCCAAAUGCAGUGACGCAGACUGCUGUGGUCAGAGGCCCAGCAAGGUGUAUCCUCCUCGGGGAGAGACCGGCCCUCAACUGCCUGGCCCGGGCCUCGGGGAUAGCCACCCGCUGCUCCCAGCUACAGAGCAUCGCCAGGGAGGCAGGCUGGCAUGGCCAUGUGGCUGGCACGCGUAAAACCACCCCUGGGUUCCGGCUGGUGGAGAAGUAUGCCAUGCUGGUGGGCGGCGUGUCCAUACACAGACAGGACCUGAGUGGGAUGGUGAUGCUGAAAGACAAUCAUAUAUGGGCAUCAGGGAGUAUCACACAGGCGGUGAAGGACGCCCGCUCGGUGUGUGGCUUCAGCAGUAAGAUUGAGGUGGAGUGCGGCAGCCGGGAGGAGGGCAGUGAGGCGGCCACGGCAGGCGCCGACAUCGUCAUGCUGGACAACUUUAAGCCACAGGAACUCCAUGCGGCAGCCAAGCUUCUGAAGGAGGAGUUCCCUUCUGUGCUAAUCGAGGCCAGUGGAGGGGUGACCCCAGACUCCCUGCCCCAGUAUCUCUCCCCCCAUGUGGACAUAAUCUCUCUGGGCUGCAUAACCCAGGGCUGCCCAGUGGUAGACUUCUCCCUCAAGGUUCAAAAGCCUGUUCCCUUUCCAAUUAUUUUCCGAUCAAAGUAACUGUGGCAAUUCAGGAUUUUUGUUAAUAAAGUGAAAAUAAAAAGCAA